AAACUCUAAAUCCUGAUCCUCCUCAGCGGAUACACCUAUCAAACAAUCCUGAAAAGUAUGCCAAACUUGGUUGGUGCUUGUCAGCUGCUAAAGCUUGAUUUUGGUAGAUCCACCACUCUUCUCUCUGCUUCUUCCUUCCAUCAACGCUGCAACUAUCGAGAUCAUGGCCUCCGGCGCCGACGAAUUUGUCAAAGGACAUGUCCACCCUAAUGGCGUUGCAGUUCUCACUCUCGAUCGUCCUAAAGCUCUCAAUGCCAUGAACCUCGAUAUGGACAUCAAGUACAAGAGUUUCCUGGAUGAGUGGGAAACAGACCCAAUGGUCAAGUGUGUUUUGGUUGAAAGUAGCUCCCCUCGUGCCUUUUCAGCAGGGAUGGAUAUUAAGGGGGUUGUUGCUGAAAUUCAAAAGGACAAAAGUACACCUCUUGUGCAAAAGGUAUUCACAGCCGAGUAUUCUCUGAUUUGCAAAAUAUUCAAGUACAGAAAGCCUUACAUCAGCUUCAUGGAUGGCAUAACAAUGGGCUUUGGCAUUGGCUUAUCAGGUCAUGGUAUCUAUAGGCUUAUCACCGAGAGGACUGUUCUAGCUAUGCCAGAAAAUGGAAUCGGGUUGUUUCCAGAUGCUGGUUUUUCUUAUAUAGCUGCACUUAGUCCUGGCGAAGGGGCAGUUGGUUCUUAUCUUGGACUGACUGGAAGUAGGAUAUCAACACCUGCUGAUGCACUGUAUGUUGGUUUGGGAAGUCAUUAUGUCCCUUCUGCAAAUUUGGGUUCACUGAGAGACGCUUUCUUGGCAGCUACGUUUUCUCAGGAUCCGGACGAAGAGAUCAAAGAACUUCUGGCAAAAUACAGUACUAACCCUCAUUCAGAAUCCUGUUUGAAGACUCUUUUACCCAGAAUCAUUUCAACAUUUGGUGGUAACAAGCCAGUUAAAAAUAUAAUAGAGGAGCUCGAAAAUCAUCAGCUAAGUGCUGAUACUUUGGUGGCAGAAUGGGCCCAGGAUGCUCUGCAAGGGCUAAGAAAGGGGGCUCCCUUUUCUCUCUGCCUCACCCAGCAGUACUUUUCUAGGGUUGCAUCUGUAUGUGGCAAAAAUGAGAAUAACUUGUCGAAGGCGAGCUUCCCUCAUGUGCUCCCUGGUGUUAUGCGAACUGAAUAUCGCAUUGCUACAAGGUCUGCUUUACGUAAUGAUUUUACAGAAGGUGUCCGUGCUGUCUUAGUGGACAAGGAUCAGAACCCAAGAUGGAAUCCAUCCAGCUUGGAGGAAGUGAACCUCAAUGAAGUGGAAGCUCUCUUUGAACCACUGAGCCCUGAAGUUGAGUUGAAUGUUUGAGGUUUCCAGCAGUUUGGAGUCGAUAUUUCUUCAUCUUUGGAUAAAUAAUGACGUACGAUUUCACAUGUUUUAACAUACAAAAUGUAUUCAGAUAUUAUUUUCCAUUUUCGAUCUAUUGGAAUUUUAAGUGCAGCUAGUAUUAAGUGUA